AUGCACUCCGUUCACGAGCCGCAUGUCCCGUUCACGCUUCCGAUGAACGAGCCACCAAUCCCGGGAUCAGUCAUCGAGGUCCACGGCCACCACAAGCAUCACGAGGUGUUCGUCGUCGAGCUGCUCUCCGGGCCGCACGUCGUGCUCCACCUCUCCUUCCGCUUCCACCCCCACGAGCUGGUGCUCAACUCGUCCGCCCACGGCAACUGGGCCCAUGAGGAGAAGACGCACAACCCGGUGCCCAAGCACGACCAUCACUUCACCCUGAAGAUCAAGGUCCAGACCACGCACUAUGAUAUUGAGGUUGACGGCCACCACGUCGCCACCUUCAACCACCGCUACCCGUUCGCCACCGUCCAGGCGCUCGGCGUCCACGGUGACGUUCACAUCAAGGACGUCCACUUCCAAGGAUUCCACUUCCAGAACCAAUGGGGCAACCAGCACGACUUUGGCCACGGCGGCUACCAAGCCUACGGCACCCCCCAGCUACGUGCCCCCAGUUUUCCAGGACAACCACCCCCACAACACUCACUACGAUCCCUACCGCUAAAUACCAAAAUGACGCCUGCGUCGUACUGCAAAAAUAUCAACCAACUGCCGCCAUCUCUGUUAAUCAAACUCUAUGGA